AAAAGCGUCCAAACGUGAGCGUGACUGUCAAAUCUACAUGUUCUCUCUCCCUCUCCUCUUUCUCUCUCUUCUUUCUCUCUCUAACCAAAGAAUUCAAUUCACAUUUCACAGCACACACACAUACCUUCUCCCUUCGCUCCGGAGAUUUCACCACCAUCACUCUUCCGCUUCAUCUUCCAAUCUCACUCUUCUCCAAAAUAUAAUGUUCCCGAUUCAUAAGGGUUGGUUCUGACUUGAAUUUUGGCUUUUUGACUCUAAAUAACAAGAAUGGAGGAUGAUACAUUUUCUGGCAUUGGAAAUGGAACACAAAUUGAUACAAAGAUUUUGGGUACUUUUCAGAAGAGUUUUGUUCAAGUGCAGAACAUUUUGGAUCAGAACAGGUUAUUAAUCAACGAGAUAAACCAGAAUCACGAGUCCAAGAUUCCCGAUAAUUUAAGCAGGAAUGUUGGACUUAUUAAAGAGCUCAACAACAAUAUUAGAAGAGUCGUCGAUUUAUACGCCGAACUUUCGAGUUCGUUUACGAAAUCUAUUGAUGUUACUUCAGAAGGAGAUUCAAGUGGUGCUGUGAAAUCAGAUGGAAAAGGUGGACACAAAAGAAUCAGGCCUACAUAGAAAAAAGAGGGUUUGUUUUUCUUAAUUCUUUUGAUUUGUGAAGAACCAUAAACUUCACAAUCUUGUUGAGGUGUAGAACAUGUUUAGGUUCUUUAGUUGAAAUCGAAAUCCAAAUCAAAACUAUCUUCUUGUAUUACAAGAUUUUCUUAAGCAUAACUCUUCAUGUUUUUAUAAUAUAACAUUUAUAUGUUGAUUUUACAA